CUACCUUACGAUAUCGAACUAGGUCCUCUACCGUGCUGCCACCGGGCCAUCAAUCGCAUCGCCGACCAUUGACGCAAACCUCUGUCUUCAACUUGCAGUGGCGACCUCGACAGCAACAAAGGCCUACUUGGCCAUCCUGGCGCACAGCUCGGGUUGAUCGGGCUCGGCCCGCGAUUCCCUCAUCAUGACUCCCAGACCAGCAGACGAAGACGAAGGGGGCAUUGAACCGACACCAAUAAACUCGACGCAACGAUCACGAUGGGCCACACGGAAACUCACCGUCAAGAGCAGUGGGCUAAAGCGCCUCUCGUUGAAGAAUAGGAACAACAAUGGAAACGCUUUGGGCGCCGAGAAGAAGAGGGCCUCGAAGCACUCGGGGAAAUCCGACUCGACGGCAGGGCAGUCCGAGGCGCCGCCGUCCACCGCCGGUGGUGACGCAGGAAAGGAUGACGCGGACGGAGAACAUUCAGAACCAAGGACCAUCUUCUGUGGUCUGCCAUUAGCCGACGAGUUCAAGGAUGACGAAGGCCAUCCAACGCAGCAGUAUCCGCGAAACAAGAUCCGAACAGCAAAAUACACGCCGCUCUCCUUCGUCCCCAAGAACUUGUGGUUUCAAUUCCACAACAUUGCCAACAUUUUCUUCCUUUUCCUUGUUAUUUUAGUUAUUUUCCCCAUAUUUGGUGGUGUUAACCCCGGACUCAACGCCGUCCCUCUAAUUGUUAUUAUUUGCGUCACCGCUAUCAAGGAUGCGGUCGAAGACUACCGAAGAACCAUCUUGGAUAAUGUUCUUAACAAUGCGCCCGUCCACAAAUUGCAUGGCAUUCCCAAUGUCAAUGUCGAGGCGGAUAACGUAUCUCUAUGGCGCAGGUUUAAAAAGGCAAACUCGCGAAUCUUUGGUGCUCUGUGGCACAAGACCGAGGGGCUAUGGAAAAAGGAGGACGACAAUCCGAUCCUAAAGAACCACACGGCCUCGCACGAUGAACCGGAUCCGCGCAUGUCGAUGGAGUCGAGAACUGAUAGACGGUCCCUCAAUGUUCAACGAGACGAUGUUGAAAUGACGCCAGUUCCCUCGCCACUUCCGCGCCAGCCGAAUGAAAUGGACUUCCCCGGUGAAGGAUCAAGCCGCCAGAUCGACGGCCAAUACGCUCUGCAGGAAAUCAAGGGUGACUUGGUCAACCGCAACCUUCCAAUUUCUGGCAAGGCCAGAUUCGCCAAGGACGCCUGGAAGAGUUUGGUCGUGGGGGAUUUUGUUCGUAUCUACAACGAUGACGAAAUUCCGGCGGAUAUCAUUAUUCUGGCAACUUCAGAUCCGGAUGGCGCCUGCUACGUCGAGACCAAGAACUUGGACGGUGAAACCAACCUAAAGGUUCGCUCUGCGCUCCGGUGCGGCCGUGGAAUGAAGCAUGCCCGUGAUUGUGAACGUGCGCAGUUCAUCAUCGAAAGCGAGCCCCCUCAGCCCAAUCUUUACAAGUACAACGGUGCGGUCAAGUGGCUCCAGGAACUUCCCAACGACGAGGAUGGCGACCCGAUCGAGAUGUCGGAGCCCAUUAGCAUCGACAACAUGCUUCUGCGUGGCUGCAAUCUUAGAAACACCGAAUGGGCGCUUGGCGUGGUUGUCUUCACCGGUCACGAUACCAAGAUCAUGAUGAAUGCAGGAGUUACUCCCAGCAAGCGGGCUCGGAUUGCCCGUGAGCUCAACGUUAACGUCGUCUACAACUUCUGCAUUCUGAUGAUCAUGUGUCUUAUCGCCGCUAUCGCUAACGGUGUUGCUUGGGCAAAGACUGAUGCCUCCUCUUACUGGUUCGAAUGGGGCUCUAUCGGCGGGACUGCGGGUCUCACGGGAUUUAUCACCUUUUGGGCUGCGGUUGUUGUCUUCCAGAACUUGGUGCCCAUCUCGCUUUACAUCUCGCUUGAAAUCGUUCGGACGCUGCAGGCCUAUUUCAUCUACAGCGAUAUUCACAUGUAUUACGAGCCGAUCGAUGCGCCUUGUAUCCCCAAGUCCUGGAACAUCUCCGAUGAUGUUGGUCAGAUUGAGUACAUUUUCUCCGACAAGACUGGUACCCUCACGCAGAAUGUGAUGGAGUUCAAGAAGGCCACGAUCAACGGACAGCCCUACGGAGAAGCCUAUACCGAAGCGCAGAUUGGUAUGAGCAAGCGGAAUGGUGGCGUGGACAUCGAUUCUGAGAUCGCCAAGAUCAAGAACGAGAUUGAGCAGGCCAAGGCACGCGCUCUCAUGGGUCUCCGUGAGAUUCACAACAACCCCUAUCUCCACGAUGAAGACCUUACGUUCGUUGCUCCCGACUUUGUUGAUGACCUUGCUGGUAAGCACGGCCCCGAGCAGCAAAAGGCCAACGAGCACUUCAUGUUGGCCCUUGCUCUCUGCCACACUGUCGUUGCGGAGAAGCAGCCUGGUGAUUCUCCCAAAAUGAUCUUCAAGGCGCAAUCUCCGGACGAAGCCGCUCUGGUUGCUACCGCUCGUGACAUGGGCUUCACCGUCCUCGGUAUGUCCGAUGGAGGCGUCAAUGUCAACGUCAUGGGCAAGGACAUGCACUACCCCGUUCUCAACAUCAUCGAAUUCAACUCCAGCAGAAAGAGAAUGAGCGCGAUCGUCAGAAUGCCUGACGGCAAGAUCAUCCUCUUCUGCAAGGGUGCCGACAGUAUCAUCUACUCCCGUCUGAAGCGCGGCGAGCAAAAGGAGCUGCGCAAGGAAACCGCUGAACACCUCGAAAUGUUCGCCGUCGAAGGUCUCCGUACUCUCUGUAUUGCGGAGAAGGAGCUGACAGAGCAGGAAUACUACGAAUGGAAGAAGGAGCACGACAUUGCCGCUACUGCCCUGGAGAACCGCGAAGAGAAGCUCGAGGAAAUUGCCGACAAAAUCGAACAGGAUCUCACUUUGCUCGGAGGUACCGCCAUUGAGGAUCGUCUCCAGGAUGGUGUGCCCGAUGCCAUUGAGCUCCUCGGCAACGCCGGUAUCAAGCUCUGGGUUCUUACCGGUGACAAGGUCGAGACCGCUAUCAACAUUGGUUUCUCUUGCAAUCUCCUCAACAACGACAUGGAUCUUGUGCGCUUGCAGGUUACCGAGGACGAGGCUGGUGUCCAGCUGGAAGCUGAGUACCUACGCCUUGCCGAAGAAGAACUCGACAGGGGUUUGGCCAAGUUUGGCAUGACCGGCAGCGAUGAGGAGCUCAAGCAGGCCAAGAAGGACCACGAAGCGCCAGCACCUACUCACGGCCUUGUUAUUGACGGAUUUACCCUUCGGUGGGUUCUCAGUGACACGCUCAAGCAGAAGUUCCUGCUGCUGUGCAAGCAGUGCAAGUCCGUGCUCUGCUGCCGUGUCAGUCCCGCUCAGAAGGCUGCUGUCGUUUCCAUGGUCAAGAACGGCUUGGACGUCAUGACCCUCUCUAUCGGUGAUGGUGCCAACGAUGUUGCCAUGAUUCAGGAGGCGGAUGUCGGUGUUGGUAUUGCUGGUGAGGAAGGUCGCCAGGCUGUCAUGUCUUCUGAUUACGCCAUCGGCCAGUUCAGGUUCCUGACACGCUUGGUGCUCGUUCACGGUCGCUGGUCCUACCGACGCUUGGCAGAGACAAUUAGCAACUUCUUCUACAAGAACAUGGUGUGGACAUGGGCCAUCUUCUGGUUCCAGGUCUUCUGCGACUUCGACAUCUCGUAUAUUUUCGACUAUACCUACAUUCUCAUGUUCAACCUGUUCUUCACUUCCAUUCCAGUCAUCCUCAUGGGUGUCUUGGAUCAGGAUGUCAGCGACACUGUGUCCCUGGCCGUUCCUCAACUUUACCGCCGCGGUAUCGAACGGCUUGAGUGGACACAGACCAAGUUCUGGGCUUACAUGGCUGAUGGUAUCUAUCAAUCUGUAAUGAGCUUCUUCAUCCCGUUCAUAUUCUGUAUCCUCACCCCUGCCGCCUCUGGAAAUGGCCUUGACGUUCAGGAAAGGACAAGACUGGGUGCCUACAUUGCCCAUCCUGCCGUGAUGACCAUCAACAUGUACAUUUUGAUGAACACUUACAGGUGGGAUUGGGUGAUGCUCCUGGUUGUCUUCCUCAGUGACAUCUUCAUCUUCUUCUGGACCGGCAUCUACACGGCCACCAGCUACUCGGCCCAAUUCUACCAGGCCGCUCCCCAGGUCUACGCCGAGUUCACCUUCUGGAUGGCCUUUAUUGUCACGCCCACCAUCUGCCUGCUGCCCCGCCUUGUCACCAAGUGCAUCCAGAAGCAGAUGUUCCCCUACGACGUCGACAUUAUCCGCGAGCGCAUCUCCACUGGCGAAUACAAGGCCAUUGAAGCGCCCGUCGUCGCUCCCGCCGAGGACGACGCCCUCAAGGGCACCUCCUCCGGCUCCUCGGAAUCUUCCAGCCGCCGCGCCAAGUCCAAGUCGUCCAAGCACUCCAAGCACACGCACUACGCCAGCGUCGACGAGGACCGCCGGCCUAUCUAUCCGCCGUCCGUCACCACGCACAACACGCGUGCUCAGAACGGCAGCGACGGGACCAACUACACGCGGCACUCGCUCGACACCAACCAGCUCGAGGCGCUCGACACCACCGACACCAACCAGCUCGAGGACGAGCCGCCAAUCGGUGGUGGACGCCCGUCCAUUGACCGCGCCAGGCCUUCGUACGAUCGCUUGCGUCGGUCGAUGGAUGCGAGCCGCGAGCGUGUCAGGCAGAGUCUGGAGCAGUCUAACGAUUUUACGUCGGCUGCCAGGCUCAGUCGGAUCGAGUCGACGCACUCGGCGCAGAAUCUGCCGACGCCCGGGGCGCAAAGGAGGUUUAACCUGACGACGGUGCGUAAGAGGGGGUUGUCGGUGUUUAGCAAGCAGAGUGAAGAUGAGGUUCCGCAUCCUGGGAUAGAGGAUGUAGAGGAGGGGGACAAAAGACGGGAAAGUCAGCAAUGACGCUAAGAGGGAGGAACAGUGAAUUGUGAGUUGAAGAGAUAAAGUACAAAGGAACGAAGUGCAUGCAUGGCCACGAAGUUGAGAUAACAGAUGGGAUGAAGUUCGAAG